GAGAGAGAGAGUGAGAGCGAGAGACAACAAUGAGAAUGUUUUCACCCAAAACACAUGACAUUGGGAGAACAAUAUUGACUUUUUGCUUGUAUGAGAGCCAAUAUCAAGGUGGAAAAUAUACAGACAGUUUAGUUAUUAUCUGCCAGCAGUUCGGGUAUCAUUCACUUGUGACACAAGGAGACAUUAUUUCCUUCUAUUUUGCGUUUUGCGAAUCCCCGUUCAUCUUUUGUGUUUAUGUGUAUUUAUACCUGUUUAAAUUGUAAUCAUUUUUUUCUGUGUUUCGAAAAGCAUUUUUUCUCGUGUAUGUGUUUGUUGUUGGUGUUCGGUAUCAGGACUGAAUAUUUUCACUGCCGAAAUUAACAACUGUGACAAAAUUCCCCGAGUGGUUUAAAAUAUUUAGCAACAACAAUAAAUUGGUGUUAAUAUUUGUGGUGCAGACACCUCAUUCAAACCGACUAAUACCAUUGGCAUUUUGUGGAUUGGAGUUGCAUCGUAAGUGAGAGCCAAUAAAUGUUUGCACAAAAUUUGACAAGCAAACCAAUUAAAGCAACAAUAACGGAAAACACAUUUUGAAUUGAGCGCAUAUGGAAGGAGUAUUGAAACACAUGCCAAUUACAAUCAAAAUGAAAUAGAGCAGCAGCACGGAUCUAAUACAAAACGUUUAAUUCGUUUUCGAGAAAACGCAUAAGUUGCCAUAGCUGAGCAUCAUCCCUCAUUAGGUCAACCGUAGUAAACCCACAAAGAUGUUGAUUAAAGAGUAUCGAAUUCCGUUGCCACUGACAGUGCAGGAAUAUCGGAUCGCUCAGCUGUAUAUGAUAGCCAAAAAAAGCCGUGAUGAGAGUAAAGGGGCUGGAAGCGGUGUUGAAAUUUUGAUCAAUGAACCGUAUGAUGAUGGACCUGGUGGCGUAGGACAAUACACACGAAAAAUAUAUCAUAUUGGCAGCCAUUUACCCGGUUGGAUCAAAGGACUUUUGCCAAAAAGUGCUAUGACGGUGGAAGAAGAAGCUUGGAACGCUUAUCCCUAUACAAAAACCCGUUGCACAUGUCCAUUUGUUGAAAAAUUCUCAUUAGAAAUCGAAACAUAUUAUUUUCCGGAUGAUGGACACCAAGAAAAUGUCUUCAAUUUGGAUGGUAGUGAUUUAAGAAAUAGAACUGUCGAUUUAAUUGAUAUUGUAAAAGAGCAGCUGUAUGGACAUGAUUAUGAUGAGAGUGAAGAUCCGACUCUGUAUAUUUCAAGUAAAACAAAACGCGGCCCUCUGUCUGAAUCAUGGCUCGAGGACUAUUGGAAUGAGGUUAAAGAUAAAAUGCAGCCAACAUCGCGCAAUAUGUCUCUAAUGUGUGCUUAUAAACUGUGCCGUGUCGAGUUUCGUUACUGGGGAAUGCAAACAAAACUAGAGAAAUUCAUACACGACAUAGCGCUACGGAAAACAAUGGUCACAGCACAUCGGCAAGCAUGGGCUUGGCAAGACGAAUGGCACGGUUUAACAAUGGAAAAUAUACGAGAAUUUGAACGAGAAACUCAGCUGCUUUUGCAACGGAAAAUGGAAUUGGAUGGCGAAGACGAAGAUGAGGAUGCAAACGCAACUGAUUUGAGUGCAAGCAAACAUUCAUCUCAAUUCCAAUCGAUCGAAAAAACGGAAGAUACUCCAAUGUUCCCCAAAAAAUUGCCAGAACCACCACAACUCAAGGAGCAUCCACCAAGCAUAGACAGCUCGGAGGGUGAAGACGAUGUGCUGCAAACACAUUCUAAAACACGUAAAGAACGAUCGGUCAGUGGUCAAUUGUCACAACACUCAAGAACAAAACAUGGAUUACAUUCACCUGCCGGAUCGAUGCACAGUUUUGAUUUACAGCCUGCAAAUCAAACAAAUGUCAAAAAUGUGGCAAAUUGGCGAAUGGAAAAGUUAGAGGUUGAUUCCAAAUCCGGAUCAGAUGAAGAAUUCUAUGAUUGUAUCGACAUGAGUGAAUCGAUAUCAUUGGCCAAAUGGAGCUCGCUAGAGCUGCUACCCGAGGAGGAUGAUAGUCCAUCGGCAGGUCAGAAAAAAUCCGCUGAUGACAGUAUAUUCAGCCACACGUAUUUGCAACGCGUUGCAUCGGAACGCAAUAGCCGUCGACCAACAUUAGGAACGUCAUCGAGCAUGGAUCGUAAUCAUGAUUCUCCACCCAGUUCACCCGGUCAUUCGUGUCCAACCAGUGUUCUUGCACUGGUAUUCCAUGCGGGCAGCUGCUUGGAUGCGAGCACCGAUCGUACAGCGAAAAAGUCUGAUGUCACCACAUUUCGUGGCGCAUCCGAAUCAGUUAUGCGUCAACAUUAUCCAUCCUUAGUCGGUCAUCUAGUUAUCAAGUUAGUUUGUUGCCCACCAGUUUGUACUGAUGCACUGGGAAUUUUAUCGAGUUUAAGCCCCUUUUCCUUCGAUGCAUCACCGUCGGCUAUGUCCGAACUACCAAAUUUGACCGAUGUUCCAAUCGGUGCAAUUCCAUUGCUGACCACAUGUACGCCCGAUUUCCAGGAUGCCAUCAAUAAGACAGUGGCCAGCGCAAACAUCGUAUACAAUGAGUUUUUACGAUCCGAAGAAGGAAAAGGUUUUAAUGGUCAAAUAGCAAUAAUCGGUGAUUCGAUGGGUGCAAUCCUUGCCCAUGAUGCCCUUUGUCGAGUAUCGCACACUCGUCACGGCAGUGAAGCGUCUAACUUGGACGAAGAAGUGUAUCAUGGACUCUUAACGGAUCCGGAGUUGGAUGCAACGAAACUGUUAACAGCGCCAGCACCACGGAGACGAUCGUCUUCCACUAGCGAUUCUCGUUUACCUCGAUUUGAAUUUGAAGUGGGUGAUUUUUUUAUGUUCGGCAGCCCAUUGGCCAUCGUUUUAGCUGCCCGCCGUUUGACUGAUAAUCGGGUGGGCAAUCAAAAGCCGCAUUGCCAACAAGUAUACAAUCUAUUUCAUCCAACCGAUCCCAUAGCAUCACGAAUUGAACCACUUUUGAGUGCACGAUUUUCAAUGCUUCCACCCGUUAAUAUACCUCGAUAUGCAAAAUAUCCACUUGGGAAUGGGCAACCGUAUCAUUUGUUGGAACUCAUACAAUCACAUCCUCAAAUGUUCAGUGAUGGCCAUCAAAGGCGGUUGUCAGAUGCAUCACUCCAAAGUACGGUGUCUGGUUCGAUUGAUAACAUUCCAUUAACCACAAUUACCACUUUGCAACAACGAUGGUGGGGUAGUAAGCGACUGGACUAUGCUCUGUACUGUCCAGAGGGACUAAGCAAUUUUCCUUCACAUGCACUUCCGCAUCUAUUCCAUGCGUCAUAUUGGGAAAGUUCUGAUGUGAUUGCAUUUAUUUUACGUCAAUUGGGUCGAUUCGAUAGUUCAAUGUUGAUUGGUCACGACGACAAGGAUAUUUCAACGUUCCGUCCGAGCCAACCGCGUGAGAAAUGGAUUAAAAAGCGAACAUCGGUGAAACUAAAGAAUGUCACCGCCAAUCAUCGCGCAAACGAUGUUAUAGUGCGUGAAGGUCAGGCGCAAAGAUUGCAAGCACGAUUUAUGUACGGCCCCUUGGAUAUGAUCACAUUGGCCGGUGAACGUGUCGAUAUUCAUGUAAUGAAAGAGCCACCGGGCGGUGAAUGGACGUUGCUGGCUACCGAAAUCACCGAUAAAUCAGGACGAAUCAUUUACACGAUUCCCACGGAUAAAUCACUCGGCUAUGGCAUUUACCCCGUUAAAAUGGUUGUGAGAGGCGAUCACACAUCGGUUGAUUUUUAUUUGGCUGUGAUUCCACCGUGCACAGAAUGUGUUGUGUUCAGUAUUGAUGGAUCGUUCACUGCGUCGAUGUCGGUGACCGGACGUGAUCCAAAAGUUCGAGCUGGUGCUGUAGAUGUGUGCCGACAUUGGCAGGAGCUUGGCUAUUUAUUGAUUUAUGUGACUGGUCGACCGGAUAUGCAGCAGCAACGGGUGCUCUCUUGGUUGAGUCAACACAAUUUCCCACAUGGAUUAGUGUCAUUUGCCGAUGGACUGUCAUUAUCGGAUCCACUUGGUCACAAAACCGCUUAUUUGAAUAAUUUAAUUCAAAACCAUGGUGUUAUCAUUCAUUCAGCGUACGGCAGCAGUAAAGAUAUAGCCAUUUAUACACACAUAGGUUUGAAACCGAAACAAAUCUACAUUGUUGGAAAGGUUAGUAAAAAGCAUCAAUCCGGUGCAACGGUGCUUAGUGAAGGAUAUGCAUCCCAUUUGAAUACGCUGAUGGCGCACGGAGGUUCAAGACCAGCACAAGGCAACCAACGCAUGGUCAUACCAAAAGGUUGCUUCAAUCUGCCCGGUCAGGCACCAUCUUUGCGUCGAAGAAGGUUGCAUGAUCAGGAUGUUGUAAAAUAGAUACACACAACGACAAUGUCACACACACACACACACCGCAAAAUGAUUUGCACAAUAAGAAAAAUGUAAAAAAUAAAACGUUUCAAGACCAAUCAAUGAGAGUGGAAUGUCGAUGUCUUCGCCAGCACGCAGCGGUUACAUCAAACGUAAAACAUUUUUGAGCUAAGCAGAAGAAAAAAAUUAAAUUCAGCAAUGUGUAUGUUUAGAACGAUCAAUGUCAUGUGUAUCGAUGUGCUUAAUUGAUCAAAUUGCAAGUUGAACAACAAAAACAAAAACUGAAAUCAAGAGAAACCAACGCUUUAUUGAUGUGGAUUCACCGAGCAACCGCAAUUUUAUUUUGUGGCUGUUAAAGUUCGUGUUUAAAGUGCACACAUUUGUUUGGCAACAGAUCAGAAAAAAAAAACGCAUGCGAUUUUGUUCACUUCCAUUAUCUAUCCAAACUGAAGCCACCACUUUCUACGUUCUCACUCACACAUAAUUCAGCCAUUCAGCCGCUCCUCUCACUAUCAACGACCUGCUUUCAUGCAAUUUUUUUUUACAAACAAACCCACUCCCUCUUAAGGCGAAAUUAGAUCGAACACAAAUCAUUUCCUGACUCUUUGUCACAUGGUACCUGGCUCAGAAGACUGUUCUUUUUCAUGUGUUUUUGUGUGUUACUAAAAGAAAAUUACCAAAAUUAAGAAGAAUAUUUAUUGUAAAAUCUAUCAAAACCAAUUAUGUGAAAGCUUUCUAAAUGCGUGUGGCAAAUAGGAAAUAUUAUUACUAUUGUAUGAAACUUCAAAGCUACUUUGUAAGUUUAUCCAAACGAAAAAAAAUGUUAAAAAUAACUCCAAAAAUACCAAUUUGAACAUGUGUUGAGGUAAAGUUUACAAUGUUUUGAUUCCUAAGGAAAAGAUUUUGAAGAAGAAAAUCAAGUUAAUAAGUGUUUAGAAAUACUGCAAAAAAUACAAAUAUUUUCGUAAUUAAAACCAGUUAAAAAUAAAGUAACAAAAGAAAAACAAAUGAACAUAAUUAAA